AUUGCGGCGGUGGAGCUCCCAAGGGAGCGGACAGCCAACUAUCGGAGGGAUCUUCGGCGAGAUUCAGCUCAGAUGAGAUUUGCAGCCACACACAUUCGUGCAGACUAUCCAUAAUAGCGGCCGCCUGGAUGGAGGUCGCACGGGCGAGAGAAGACAGGCUGCAGGGGCGCACGUUCGCGUUGAGAAUGGUGGGUUUAGACUAUAUAAGCUAGGACUGCUGUCCUGGGCUCUGACUGCUCUUCUGCUUCUAAUCCCUUUGUCUCCCCAAAUCUCUUAACCAUGCCGUCACCAAUUCCCAAGCCCCCCGGGGUGUUCCUCCUCGGCAACGUGAAGGAUGUGAAUGCUGCGAACCCUUGGAACUCAUUCAACAAGCUCGCGGCCAAGUACCGUCCCAUCUGCAAAGUCACCAUCCUAGGCGUAGACAUCGUCUUGAUCACGGGAGCCGCCCUUCUCGAAGAAAUCUGCGAUGAGACCCGCUUUCAGAAAUGUGUGGCCGGUCCCAUCAUUGAAAUUCGCGAAGCAGUACACUCUAGCUUGUUCACUGCAAAGAUAAAUGAAAAAGAAAUGAGCCAGUGGGGAGUCGCUCAUCGCAUUAUGGCGCCCCUGCUCACACCGGGGGCCGUUGACCAGGUCUUCGCGGAUAUGCGGGAGGUAUCAACAGAUCUGAUCAAGAAAUGGACCGCCGGCCCCCGCCAGCGCGUCAGCGUCACCAACGACCUGGAUCGCCUCAACCACGCGGCCAACAUGCUCUGCUUCUUCGACCAGCGCCUACACUGCUUGGAAGGCCCAGAGCCGUCUCUCAUCAAAGCCAUGGAGAACGCCACUACAGAGGCCGUUCGUCGAGCAUCCCGACUCAAACUCGUCAACUGGCUUUUCUACCAGCGCAAAUUCAAUGCUUACAACAAGACUCUGCGCGACUACUCCGCCAGUUGCGUCGAAUACCGACGCACUCACCCAUCCGCCAAGAAGGACAUGCUGUAUGCUCUUAUGGAAGGCAAGGACCCCGAGACCGGCGAAGGACUAAACGACGAACAAAUCGUCGACGAAAUCAUCAACGUAUUCAUCGGCAGCGCGACAGCCCCUAACCUCGUCGCCUUCGGCCUUUACUAUCUCAUGAAGAACCCGCAUGUGAUCAAACGCGCCCGGGAGGAAAUUGACGCUGUUGUCGGCGGCCCCGGUGCGAAGAUCGAACACGAGCACCUCUCCCGUCUCCCUUACUGCCUUGCCAUCGCUCAAGAAACCAUGCGCCUUGCCGCCCCAGCCCCCGGCUUCAAUCGCGAAGCUAUUCAAGACCAGGACGGCCCAGUCCUACUCGCAGGCGGCGAGUACGAAGUGCCGCGCAAACAGGCUCUCAUCGCAGUCCUGUACGGUGUCAACCGCGACCCCGCUGUCUUCGAAGACCCCGACGCAUUCAAGCCAGAGCGCAUGAUGGGCGAAGCAUACGAAAAGCUACCCUCCGCGGUAAAGAAGGGCUUCGGUAACGGCAAGCGUGUUUGCAUCGGAAAGAAAUACGCCUGGGAAUGGUCGUACUUCACCCUCGUCAGCAUCCUCAAGGAUGUCGAGUUCGAACUCGCUGACAAGAACUAUGUCACUGAUGGUGCGGGUAACAAUUACAAUGGCGCGUUCACCGUGAAACCGUUGGACUUCUUCGCCAUUACUGGUCCACGCCCGAGAGCGGGCUGAGCUUUUUGCUUUUUCUUCGGUACAUAUAAUAUUCCGCAUGCUUUUGCUUCCUCCAUAUGCCUGUCUAUGAUAUCCAGAAUGCGUGAUUGUGUGUAAUCUAUGAAGUUGAUGUUCUUGGCUCGAAUAGCUUCCACUCGUGAGACUGGGAGGUUAAUGAAUGUGACUGCGUGUCUUGG